AGCACCAGUAUUGUAACCUCACCACUUGAUUUCAACUAACUACCUACCUACUACCUACAUCGAUCCACCAUGCUUCGUGCCAUCUUCUCCCUUGCUGGGAUGGACAUCUCUGCGACGAAUGUGCUGCGCCACCUUCAAUCUUCGUACGAAUACAGCCGCGGGUCCGCCACUACGGUGUUGGUCAUUGCCAUUGCGUUGAUCGCCGUGCUCGUAUAUAUCGGACUCCGCGUCACGUUUUGGGGGAUGACAUCGCCUCGGCUGUCCAUUUUCCUCUCGACUCUUGUGGCAGCCACGACGAUGCUCGGGAUUGUAUUGCCCGAUCUCGUGACGAUAUUGGUCGGGUUCGUGCUUGCUUUGAUCCUGUCGUUGGUGCCAGCCUGCCGCAAGGUUGGCAUUGUGGCCAUUGGUGCUGCAUACGGUACGACCGUCGUGGAUCUGUUGUUGGGAGCCAUUAAAUUGAUCUCGUCGGACCUGCGCGCGUCUUCGAUUGCGCUCGACAUCGUCGCGUUGGUGGCGAUGGUCGUGGCCGCCGCGUGGUGUGGGGUCCGCGCGUUGAAGGAGCACGAGACGUUCCUCGUUUUCGCCACCAGCUGCACGGGGGCCUUCGUAGUGUCUGGCUCCAUCGCAGCCGCCAUCGUGGUCGUAGUCGUCGGUGGUAUGGACACUUCGUUGUUUUACUACGCGCUCUGGGUGUGUAUUGGUGCGGGCCUUAUGUUUGGUGGUGUUAUGCGCCAAGCUGUUGCGCUGAACCAAGCGACUCCUAAUGUCUCUGUGACAAUUGCUACCCCUGUCAAGGACAAUACGAUCGUUUAACGUGGUUCUAUCAUUGAGAAGUGCAUGCCAUUGCGUUUCCUUUCCCAAAGGACACAAAGUUGUCCAGCCCGUCCUCUAUUUUAACUAUAGUUAUUACUACAGUAGUAGUAAUAUUAAUAUUCCGUACAUGUUGACAAG